GAAGCUCUGAUGAGUCUCUCUCUCCUCUGACGGCGUCUCUGCAUAAACCGGCGAUGAUGCUCAAGGAAGGAAGCUGAGGGAGUUACAAAAUGGAAGAUGAUGAGGAGCCACUGAUGGCUAUCCAAAUCCAACCGGAUGUUUCUUAUCGGAAAGAAUCUCUCAUCAAGCGACGCUGUUUCAGUUGGUGUCAGCGUCAUCACUGGCUAUCUCGGCGCGGGAAAAUCCACCCUUGUGAAUUAUAUACUGAACUGUUCUCCUGAGUUGUUGUUGCUAACUACUAGUUGAAUCUGAGACAAUGUUUAAAGAUAUAAUUGCCUGCGUUAUGGAGAAAAGAAUGCAUAUUUUGAUUUUGCUUUUGGUUUCUCAAAUCCGGCUCCACUGGCUUCUAUCCUUUAGUUGGAUUAACAGUUAGAAUCAGAAGUCAAGCUUGACUGCAUUGUUACUGUUGUGGAGGCAAAAAUAUCUUCGUUUUCAGCGCAAUGAGCGCCGUGACACGUCCUCGUUUCCUGAGGCUUUUAAUCAAAUAGCAUUUGCGGACACAGUAAUUAUUAACAAGGUGGACUUGAUUUCUCAAGAGGAAUCUGAUGAAUUCGAGAAGGAGAUUCAUUCCAUCAACUCGCUCGCCGAUGUCAUCCGAUCUGUUAGGUGCCAAGUUGAUUUGUCCAAUAUAUUAAACUGCCAGGCAUAUGAUUCAACUUGCACCAGCUGGAACUAAAAGAAAGGGUGGUCCUGGAGGGCUAAACAAAGUCUGUUGGGUUUCUCCAGAACUUCAAGUCGUUGUUGGUGAACCUGCUCUUCCCAGAACUGAGAUUGUGAGGCAAUUGUGGGCUUAUAUAAGGAAGAACAACCUCCAAGACCCGAGUAACAAGCGGAAGAUCAUUUGUGAUGAUGCAUUGCGUGUGGUUUUUGAGACUGACAUGUUCAAAAUGAAUAAGUUGCUUGCUAAGCAUAUUCUCCCGCUUGAUCCAUCAAAGGACUCUGGUCAAGCCAAACGGGCAAAAGCUGAGGUCGACACAAAGAAUGAGACCACAGAGCUAACACCUGUUAGUUCAGCUCCUGUUAGCUCAACUGUUACAUUAUCUGAGUCACUUUCUAAGUUCUUUGGCACUGGUGAAACAGAGAUGACAGACGAAGAGAUCAUUCUCCGUGUUUGGGAAUACAUCAAACUCAACAAUUUAGAGGACCUAGUAAAUCCAAUGGCUAUUCAGUGUGAUGAAAAGCUCCGUGAUCUUCUUGGAUGCGAAAGCAUUGCAGCUGCUGGGAUAAAUGAGAUGCUGAGGCGCCACAUGUACAAGCAGUCGUGUUCUGUUUCUUAUGUGUUUUGUUUAUCCAUGAUUUACGUCAUAACAUUGCGUUGUUUAGCUAAUCCUCUUCAGUAUCAAUAUUUCGAAACUAAAUUGCAACAGACCAAACUCAAAAGAGUUUAAACAUAGAUUCCAGUUUCAGCUAA